AUGGAGCGCUGGGCGUACGGCUCGCUAUGGGCGGCGCUGGCCGGCGGCCUGGCGGUGCGGGUGGCGCGGCGGGACGUGGUGCUGGGCCGGGCGCUGGUGCUGCCCCUGGCGUUGCUGCUCGCACUGCAGAGCCUGUGCCGCGCCUGCCUCCCGCUGCCCCUGGGGCUUGCGCUGGCCGCUGCUGCUGGCUGCCUGCUGCUGCGGCGGGCUGUGCUGCGCAGGCUGCUCCCGGUGGCGGGCAGAGCUGUCCUCGUCACAGGCUGCGACUCUGGCUUUGGGCAGGCAACUGCACGUCACUUGGAUGCCAUGGGUUUCCGAGUGUUUGCCAGCGUGCUGGACCUGCAGGGCCCUGGGGCCCAGGAGCUGCAGAAGAGCUGCUCGCAGAGGCUCACACUGUUGCAAAUGGACCUGACCAAGCCAGAAGACAUCCAACGUGUCCUGCAGUACAUCCAGGCUCACACCGACAGCACAGGGCUCUGGGGUCUCGUGAACAACGCUGGCUUCAAUGACACCAUUGCUGACGCAGAGCUCUCACCACUGGGCAAGUUUCGCACCUGCAUGGAGGUGAACUUCUUCGGUUCACUGGAACUCACCAAGGGGCUGCUGCCCCUGCUCCGCUCUGCUGGCGGCCGCAUCGUCACUGUGAGCAGCCCUGCAGGUGACCUGCCAUUUCCCUGCCUAGCAGCCUAUGGUGCCUCAAAGGCAGCACUCAGUCUGCUCAUGGACACCUUUCGCAGUGAGCUCCAGCCCUGGGGCAUCAAAGUCAGCCUCAUCCUGCCUGGCUACUAUAAAACAGGAACAACAUGUGAUCCUGCAUUCUGGAACCUACGUAAGCAGCAGCUGGUGGCCAGCCUGCCUCAGGAGCUGCUGCAGGCCUAUGGUGAGGACUACGUGGAAGAGAUCAACCGGCAGUUCGUUCAGUUCAUGAAGGUGGCUGUGGAAGACCUCAGCGCAGUGGUGAACAGCAUCACAGAUGGGCUCCUUGCUGCCAACCCAGCUGUGCGCUACUACCCGGGGCAGGGCCUCGGGCUCAUGUAUUUUAUACACCGCUACCUGCCCUACUUUGUCCGAGACUUGUUCCUGAAAGGAUUCUUCAUCAACCCCAAGCUGCCCCGAGCACUGCGGCAAGAGCACCACAACAACAAGAAGGCCUGACCUUGGCCUGCAUGCAAUUGUGGGGCAGGAGGGAACCUUCUCCUGUAAUCUCCAAGCAUCACAGUAGAUAGCCCCUGAGUGUGCACACAUCUGGCCCUGUCCCCAUGCGCUGCACGGGAACAAUCAGCACUAGAUACAAAACCAAAUCACUUUCCGAAAUCAGGCAGAUCUAUUUUCUAUUGUCUGAGAAUCAUCAUUUUCUAGAGACCUUGUUUUUGUAUUUUUUUUCUAGUCGUGCAUCCUGCAAUGCAGCCAUUCCUGCCUGACUCUCUGGGUUUCUGCAUGACACAUUGGGAUAUACCUUGGGUUUUUCUCAGCUAUGUGACAUUUUCCUUGCCGCUGCUGGAGCUGCAAGCGUUUGUCUCCGUUGUCUCUUGGCUGGGUCAGGCCCAUUACCCUCUGCCCGCUGCUAUGUCAUCCCUUGUGUCUGCCUCAUCACCGUUCAUUACACACUCCACGUACUCCCAGGGACAGCGGGGUCCCAGGCCAGGCUGCAGAACUCUUCACAAGGUGAACUAUGUGAU